AUGGAUCAUAUUUUACAUCCUACAAAGAAGGACAAGAAGCGAGAUGACUCAAAAGACAGGGAUUCUCGGAAGGAGAAAAAGCACGGCCUUACAAUUCGACCUGCUCUGAUGUCCAAGGACAGAGAAGCAGCAAAAAAGUCUGGUCUAGCAUCCCCAGGCCUCAAAGCAUUCGCUCCCGGCAAGUUUGAAAUGAUCAUGGAGUCACCCCCAGCUAUACUGCACGGUUCAAUCAACUACUCCAGCGGAGCUCUCAUAUCAGGAAGGCUCAAGCUCAAUGUGGAAGAUCCUACAGGCGAGCUUCGAUUGACUGAUUUCAAAAUGGUCUUGGAGGCUGUCACGACUACCAAGAAGCCUGUGUCGAAAGACUGUAAGGAUUGCUCAACCAAGCACGAAACAUUGAAAGAAUGGAAGUUCCUGUCGGAAGCGAAGACAUUUCAGAAGGGACGACUCCCUGCCACCACACAAUCCCAAGUUGGCUCUAUCUCAUACGCUUUCACCGUCGAAGCUCAUACCGCGAACGGAGAGAAGCUCACUCUCGUGCAUCCACUACAAGUAUGGCGAGCCAUGUUUCCGGGUUCAGAGAAAACGAGCAUCCGCAUUUUUCCGCCCACCCACCUGACAGGCAAGGUAACUAUGCCGACUGUUGUUCAUCCCAUCGGAAAAUUCCCUGUCACCAUGCUACUCAGUGGUGUCGUUGAAAAGAAGGCUGAGAGCACAACGCGAUGGCGGCUCAAAAAGAUGAUGUGGAGGAUUGAGGAGAACUCCAAGGUCAAAUCAACUCCCUGCGAGAAGCACAAGCACAAGGCCCCCGAGGGCAAGGCUAUACAACACACCGAAUCGAAACAGCUAGGCAACGAUGAAUUGAAGGGCGGCUGGAAAACCGACUUCGACACCCAUGGUGGUGAAAUCACACUAGAGUUCGAGGCAUCUUUAGCCACCAAGCCAGUUCACAAGGCCACCUGUGAUGUCGACUCUCAAUCUGGUCUGGAAGUUAGGCACAAUCUGGUCAUCGAAUUGAUUGUGGCAGAAGAAUUCGUCCCUAACAAGAACACAAAUCUGAUUACACCAACCGGUGCUGCUCGUGUGCUUAGAAUGUCGUUCAACCUGGUGGUGACCGAAAGAGGAGGUAUGGCUAUCAGCUGGGAUGAUGAGACGCCACCAAUGUAUGAGAAUGUACCUCCAUCACCUCCUGGCUACGGUAACCCCGAUAAGACGGCUGGUGUCUCUGAACGUGCCACGAUGGAAGACUACACAGGUCCCGACUUCGAAUACGUUGACCUGGAGAUGCUACCUAACAGAGAUCCCGAUCAGCCUCCUGUCUACAGGCAACGAGAUCCGGCCGACAUCAACGCCGGUCUGCCAAUGAGAGACGAAACAAAUCCUAGAGAUUCAUUCGAGGCUGGACCGAGCCAUACAAGGCAGCGGCUAGGCGGCUUCAGACUAGACGACCUUGAGGCUGAGCCUCAGAAUGCAGUGCACAGACACGAGUCAGUCAGCAGCAAUACAGAAGACGCGGUAGACUAUGGUGAAGGAACGACACAAUAA